ACUACCUGUACCACACCACACAGACCUCGCUCUUACUCGCCUGGGAAUACACAUCAUGAGGCCCACACCCAUCUUCAGAGCAGGCGGACAUGGCCCAGCAGGCGGGCACGGCGGUCAUCCCAUUCACAUCCACCCCGCGCGCCCGUUAUACAGAUUUGCAGCCGUAGGGCUAGGAGCAUCCAUGUGGUUCUUUUUGUUCUACCGCGCGAGAUAUGAUCUUCCUGUACUCCUUGGCAUGAGACAUCCAUGGGACCACUGAGCCACGUACGACAACGACAACGAAGAGAGCAGGCAGCGAGGAGCAGGAAUCAGGAGGUAUCAAGGAGAAGUGUUGCGGUCGGGGCAACCAUAUCCCCGCGAGGGUCAUGUAAAUACAGCAUGAAACGGAGGCGUCCGACCCACGAGGCUGAGGAGCGUGAUACGGUAGCCGUGCAAUAUACGCAAAUACAAAGCUAUGCUGUACUGUGGCAAGAGUAGAAGCGCAGGCCUCCCAAGCUGCAGAGCGCUGAAGGCAGGGAAUCGUAGUUUCGUAAGUAUGCACGAUUAACAUGAAUGGCAGCAAUGCCCAGUCUCACCAUUUGGCCGCAAGUCGGCAGGGUGGCCUACUGCGGCCUGUCAAACCGAUGGCUGUUACGAGCGUGAAAAUACAGCCUCCUAGUGCCAUGAGGUAUUUCCAAAGGCCGCUAGCAUCAGGCUCACACACGCGCAUAUCACUCCAGCGACGCCAGCCUCAGGCCAAAUUCAGCCACAUUGAGCGCAAAUAGAGACAACGACAAGACCAGAUCAAGCAUAUCCAGCACACAGUGCAACAACUUUCCGCGUAAGGCAUUCAGCGACCACCAUGUCCGAGAUUGCUGCAGGCGCUGCUCGCAAGCAGAGGAGAAUACCACAAGUUCCUGCGAUUCCUGCCGACCCGCAGGAUGCUGUCACUCGAAGACGUACAACGAAUACAGCUGCGGCUCGCAGGUCGCGUGCACGAAAGGCGCAGGAGCAAGAGGAGCUCAAGGCCACCGUUGCUCAGCUUGAGGAGCAACUCCGUCACAUGAGAAAAAGGGCCGAGGACAGUGAAGCGCUCGUGCGCAACAUGAUCGUUCGGGAAAAACAGAACGCGCUGCCCUCCGGCUAUAGAUCGACCGUCAGCACAAUCUAUUCUUUGACUGGCACAGCACCGGAUAUUCCCCAACCGCCACAACCAUCGCCAGAAGACGCAUUUUCUUUCUCGGCGGGCUUUAGAACAUUCCCCAACCACGUGUACAACAUGCCCAAUGUCCCCAGCUCAGAUCGUCUCGCGCCGCCGGCCAAAGCUCGAAAGCGCGAAACCAGCGAGGUCGCGAAAAAAGCAAUCCGGUACACGGGGCAGGCUGCCAGACGUCAAAUCAAAACUGCCAUUAAAGGCACAAAGGGGCCCAAUCCCUAUCUCCGAGAGAUGGCUAAGCUGGCACAUCAGAGCACAUCCUCCCCCUCUUCCACCUCCCGUUCGGACGCUGUGCCAUAUGACUGGCAGCACGCGCGCAAAGACGCUGGAGACCUUCCUCUGGGAAACUCUAACGAGGGGGAAUUGCCCGAGGAGGAGGAUGGGGAAGACGAGGAGGACGAGGCGGACGAGGCGGACGAGGCGGACGAAGACGAUGACGAGGACGAUGACGAGGACGAUGACAAUGACGAGUAGGAGGAGAGGGUGGAUCACAAGUCGGAAUAGGUGAAUGGAGCAGGAGUCGAGGUCGAGGAGCUCAGC